AUGAAGUGUAUGAUAUAUCAAUGGAUUAUAUUAAUUAUUAAUUGUAUACCUGUAUUAUCAUAUACCUGUGAUUUACCAAUUAGUACAUCAUCACCUAAAUUACCUACAUUACCUGAACAAUAUGAAGCUCAUAUAGAGGCUAAUAUUAAACAGAAGGGGAAGACAAUAGAAGUAACAGAAUACUAUGAUUAUCAAACUAAUCAAGCUACAGUUAAACUAUUUACUAAUGGAUUAUUAUAUACUUCUAUCACUAAUUUUAAUGACAUGGAAAGAUAUAACAUCCACCCUGAUGGAAGUUGUGAUACAAGUGAUUUAACCACAGUCUCAAGAAGUUUAUUUGGUUUUGUUGUUGGUAAUAGUUCCAAACACAUUGAUACAGUUACUGAUGUCUUUAAAUUUGGUCAACAAUUCCAGGAAUAUUAUAUUGGAAAAGAUGAGAUUCGAGGUAUACCUGUCAAUCAUUGGAAAUCAUGUCAGAGAUGGGAAGGAAAAGACACCAACUUUACUUUAGAUUAUUAUUUUAGUCAAUCUGAUUAUAGAACAGCUAGUGGUAGUAAAGAAAUACCUAUCAGAGCUGUUUUAAAUGGAAUUGCUAGAAAUGUUGAUUCCACAGGCAAUCCACAACUUGGAACUCACAACUUCUCUCAUGUUUAUGAUUUUAUGUUUUUCCGACCUGGUUCAAUACAAGAUAAAGAUAUUUUUAAGGUUCCAAGAGGGAUUGUCUGUAAAGGAAGAAAGCCGACUGUUAAAAUGCCAAUAUUACCAAAUCAAUUUUCAUUAAGUCUUGAAAUGGAUACACCAUAUAUAGAUAAACCUUCAACACAAACAAUCUAUUUUGAUUAUGAAUAUAAAUUGAUAAGAACAGAUCAUGGUGAUAAACUAGGAGAAUCGUCAGAUAUUUUAACUUGGAUUGAAGAUUAUAAUACCGGAGUAGAAUAUAUACUAGAUAAGAGUAAUGGUAAUUGUACAGUAAGAAAGAUAGAUAGUAAAUCAUUUGGUAGUUAUAUAACAGAUAAUGGUAAUAUUAACAUCAGACAUGCUGAAGAUAUUUUAAAAUAUAAUAACAGAACAUAUAUUUAUCAAGGGGAGAGGAUAUGGAGAGGUCUUAAGGCAGAUGCUUGGGCCAAUCAGAGUUCAGAUGGUAUCAUUCAAGAGAUUUUAUUUUUAAAGAAUACCCCAUCUACAGCAAAUGAAAGUAUAUUAAUUGGUUUAUAUAUAAAAAAUAUUAGUACUCAUCCCUCAAAACAAUCCACACAGCAGAUAAACAAUCCUUCUAAAGAAGACAGUGAAAAGUUUGUACAUUUCUAUAAUUAUAAAAGCAGUCAUUCUAGUUUACAUGUAUUUGAUAUAAGUCUGUGUUAUAAAGAAGAUACACAGAAAAUGAAUGUACAGCUAUCUAUAAAAGGCCAAACUGAAAAUAUUAACAGUUUGAACUCAUAUUUCUACACAAAAACUAUAAGAUAUAUAGCUCAACUAUGUCAGAUUUCACCUUUACAGUUUACUCAUUUCAAGACAGUACCUGAUAAUGAUAAUGAAACUGUAGUUGUAUCACUUACAAUUUGGGAUAAAUCAGAUGAUGUUGGAUUACAAGAGAUAUAUAAUAAUCUAUUAACAAACACAGAGAAACAACCAAAUUAUACUGUCAACUAUCCACAAAAUAUACAGCAAACAUUAACUAUUGAAGCCAAGUCUAUAAUGAUGUUAAAUGAUGAAGACAAUAAAACACAAUCAGCUUUAUCUGGAUAUUCCACAGGUGUAUUAGCUGGUAUUAGUGUUGCUAUGUUAAUAUGUGGUGUAAUAAUUGGACUAUUAACCAUGUGUUUUGUACAUCGUCGGUUUUAUCUGCCAACAACUACUUCUACUGAUAGUACUGUACCAUAUACCAGAAAUAAAGACUAA